AUGGCUACUAAUAUCACAUGGCAUGAAAAUCUCACUCACGAUGAGCGCAAGGAAUUGACUAAACAAGGCGGUGUCACUGUCUGGCUUACCGGACUCAGUGCCAGUGGAAAAAGCACUAUCGGUUGUGCCUUAGAACAGAGCCUGCUACAGAGAGGAAACAAUGCAUACAGACUGGACGGUGACAACAUCCGCUUCGGGUUGAACAAGGACCUUGGAUUCAGCGAGGAUGAUCGUAACGAAAACAUCAGAAGAAUCAGUGAGGUUUCCAAGCUGUUUGCAGACUCUUGUUCUGUUGCUAUUACUUCAUUCAUUUCACCUUACAGGGAAGAGAGAAGAAAAGCCAGGGAACUGCACAACAAAGAUGGAUUGCCAUUCGUGGAAGUAUAUGUUGACGUUCCUAUUGAGAUCGCUGAACAAAGAGACCCCAAGGGAUUGUACAAGAAGGCCAGAGAGGGAAUCAUCAAGGAAUUCACCGGUAUUUCUGCUCCUUACGAAGCACCUGAGAACCCCGAGCUGCACGUCCACACAGACAAGCAAACUGUUGAGGAGAGUGCUAAAAUCAUUAUUGAUUAUUUAUUGGAGAAGAAACUAAUCAAAUAG